AUGGCCACCCAAACAUUCACAAUCCACUACUUCGCCUCCGCAAGCAGCUAUACGGGCAAAAACACAGAGACGCUCCCGGCGCCACUGAAGCUGUCACUUUUAUUCUCUGAACUCGAGAGUCGGUAUCCGGGGAUUGAGGAAAAGGUCCUUGGGAGUUGUGGGGUUAGUCUUGAUGGUGAGUAUGUUGAUGUAACUCCCGCUGAAGAAAAGGGUGGAGAUGCAGAGGGGGAGAGGGUUAUUGAGGUGGGGAGCGAGGUUGCUAUUAUUCCGCCGGUUAGUUCGGGGUAA